AUGUCCAGCACAAAGCCACAGUACCUUCCGCAGCACCAAUCGCCGCUCCUGGGCCGCCUCCCCUUCGAGAUCCGCCGGAUGAUCUGGACCUCGCUUCUCCACCACGCCCCCGAGAGCGUGCACAUCGUGCGCUGCAGGGACAAGGCGACAGAUCUGCAAUACGUCGUGUGCCGCGAGGGCGUCAGGCCAACUUUCCUUGGCUGGAAUUGCUGUAAGUUUUGCGUCAAUGCCGCCAGGCGGAAGGAGAUGGGGUGGGGGCUGGAGUAUGGCCGGUUCUGUGGGCUGAAGAGGCCGUUUGGCGACUUGGUGGCGGUGGGGAGGACGUGUUCGUUUGCCUACGCCGAAACAAGCCCCCACAUAUAUUCAGCAGGCACCUUCAUCUUCGCCAACGCCACCAACUUCCUGCACUUCAACUCCGCCGUCCGCGCAGGUCCCCACUGCCUCCAGCACCACCAGCACAUCCGCUCCGUGAAAAUAUACUGGAACCUGGCGGGCGACUUCUUCGUGGGCGAUGAGGAGGACUUCCUCAUCCAGCUCUCCGUCCUCUGCGACGUGGCCAGGGGGCUGAGUGGUCUUCGACGAUUCGUUAUCCUCAUGCCCCCCGUACAUUGGUACGGGCGGGAAGAUAUGGUAGCAAGGGUACUGGCGCCGCUGGAAAGCCUGCGCUGUGCGUGGGAGCUGAGUAUGCAUCUUUCAUUUGGGGAGGGGGCCAAGCAGGUGGUGGACCUGGGGAGGGUUUUUGGGAAGUUGGGGUGGCGGGGAGCUGUGGGUGGGUAUAGACUCCUAAAUGACUACGAUGCGGGGUGGGUCAUACAAGUGCUGGGCACGGCAGCGGCGGCCUCUGAAAGGCCACACUUUAGCUCCACCAUGAAUGGCCAUAUGUCGGGCCAGAAGUGGAUGCACAGCUCUUUUGUGUUGGAGGUCAUCAUAAUAACCAACCAAGGUUCAACCCUCUUACAGUUUGAGCUAUAUCAAUAA